AUGAUGACUGGAGUUUUGGAGAAUCGGUCAUGCCACUCGAGUGCAGAUAUUUCGGCUGGUGAUUUGUCGAACACUGCCAAAAAUGAAGCCACUGUCGUUUUCAACGAACAAACGAAUUAUGUGCCUAGGCGGACCAUUAUCACGACAACGCUGGCGUCUAGUUUGUCGAUUAUUGGAAAUGCUUUGGGGGCGAGUAAUCAGACGUCAUGGAUUUCUGGAGGUUAUUUCGUUACAUCAACUUGUUUCCAGCUCCUCUAUGGAAAGUUGUCGGAUAUCUGGUCGCGCAAGCUUGUACUUUUCGUCGGUCUGGGGAUCUUCUUUAUUGGAUCACUAGCUGCCUCUCUCGCGCAGACUGCCACACAACUCAUUGUUUUUCGCGCCUUGACGGGUGUCGGGGGCGGUGGGUUGAUGACUGUUGCGCAGACAAUCGUCAGUGAUAUCGUUCCUCUCCGCGAGCGAGGCAAGUAUCAGGGUAUCCUCGGUGCUGUGGUCGCUAUUGCCAAUGGCAUCGGCCCUGUCAUUGGCGGAGCGCUGGCUUCAAUUUCGCAAGACUCAUGGCGAUGGAUAUUUCGAUUGAACCUGCCUCUGACUGUCGUCACAACCCUGGCUGUGUUUUUCUUUAUGCCCUUGCGAAAAGUGGAGGGUGAUUGGAAGUUGAAACUGAAGGCAAUUGAUUUCGUCGUUGGCUUCGCUAUCUCGGUGGCUUUUGUUGUCUGGCAAUGGAAAGGUGCUCGCGUGCCACUGGUGCCAAUUCAUAUCUUCAAGGGAAGAAUUGUCAAUGGUGCCUGUCUUACUAUGUUCAUCAACGGAUGGAAUUUCUUGGUUCAGAUAUACUACAUUCCCACCUUCUAUCAGUUGGUGUUCGGUUACUCGACAGUGAAAGCGGGUGCCAUGUUGCUUCCAAUUACACUGAUGCAAACGGCCAGUAGCACCGGUUCUGGCCUUAUCGUGCAUUGGGUUGGUCGAUACCGCGAGUGUAUUCUAUUCGGUUGGAUGAUUUGGGCUGUUGGACUCGGCCUCUUCUCUACUCUUGAUGAAUCGUCUGGGGUUGGAAAGCAGAUUGGCUAUGGGCUCCUUACCGGUGUGGGUGUUGGAAACACUCUACAGCCAUCCCUGAUCGCCGUACAAGCUGGCGUCGAUCGUCGAGAUAUGGCGGUAGUCACAUCCUUCCGCAACUUUGUGCGAAACCUUGGUGGUACAAUCGGACUCGCGAUUGCUGGAACCAUUAUUAAUAAUAUCCUUUCAUCAUCCAUCUCGACCCUCGAUCUCUCUGCAUCUGAAUCUCGCUCUCUGCUGUCCAGUCCGCAAACCUAUUUGUCCCAACAAUCUGUGGAAAAUGCCAAUCACAUCCGGAGCGUCCUCAUUCCGGCAUAUCAAAAAGGGUUCCGCAUUAUUUUCAUCAUUGGCGCGUCUUUGGCAGCUCUUGCUUUCUUCUUGGCAUUUGGAUUAAUGCCCCAGCUCGGUUUGAAGCGAACAGACGACGAAGCUUUGAAGAAGGAGGGAGAGAAGCGGGUCAAUGAUAACGUGGAUGAAGAGGAACGGGGAUAA